CCCCCUUCUCCUGGCCAGUCUAGUCCUUUGUUCCUGUGCAGCCGACCUGCCCCACAGGGGAAAGAAAGGAUUUGCCACCAUCUCUCAUUAGGACAGACAGCUCUUGGCAGAGGACCAAGGGAUUCCUUCUGAUCUCGUGGAAGCUUCCUAAGAGCACAGAUGGAUGAGCAAGACUCAGCUGGCAAUGAGAGCAGUGGGGGAUUCUGGGCAAACUCUGUGCAGAGGAUCCUGGGAGAGGAGGACACCCUUCGCUCAGAUGUGCAGAGCCAGAGGUUUGGGCAGUUCUGCUCCCAGGAGGCCAAAGGACCCCGUGAGGUUUGCUGCCGGUUCCUCCACCUUGACUGUCAGUGGCUGAAGCCAGAAAGGCACACGAAAGCGGAGAUGCUGGACCUGGUGAUCUUGGAGCAGUUCCUGGCUGUCCUUCCAGCGGAGAUGGAGAGCUGGGUGAGGGAAUGCGGAGCAGAGACCAGUUCCCAGGCGGUGGCCCUGGCCGAAGGUUUCCUCCUGAGUCAGGCGGAGGAGAGGAAGCAGGGAAAGGAUCUGUUGACAGAAACAGGUCCCGAUUCCUCUGAGGCAGAGAGGACUUCAUUGGACACCAGAGAGAGGCCGCUGGGUGACAGAAGGAUGCCGGCAGGACCUCCUCACCUGUCUUUUAAUGGUAGUGGAGAGGAAGCAGUGGCUGUGGAACCAGAUCAGGGUCCAGUGUGCUUUGAAGAUGUAGCUGUUCGUUUCACGGAGGAGGAGUGGGCGUUGCUGGAUCCUGACCAGAGAGCUCUGCAUAAGGAAGUCAUGGAGGAGAACCGUGGGAUCAUAGACUCUCUUGAUGGUGUUAAAUUGGAAAUGAAGAACAAGGGAAACCUUGACAAAAUCUGCACAGUGGAGAAGCCAUAUCAAUAUUUGGAAUGUGGAGAGAACUUAAAUCAGACCUCCCAUUCCACUUCCCAUCAAAGAAAUCCCUUUGGGAUGAAACCCUAUCAGUGCCUGGAAUGCGGGAAGAGCUUCAGUCACAGGUCCCUUCUCACUUACCAUCAAAGAAUUCAUACAGGGGAGAAACCAUAUCGGUGCUUGGAAUGUGGAAAGCGCUUCAGCCAGAGCUCCAGUCUCAGUUCUCAUCAAAAAAUUCAUACAGGGGAGAAACCUUAUCAGUGCUUGGAAUGUGGAAAGCGCUUCAGCCAGAGCUCCAGUCUCAGUUCUCAUAAAAAAAUUCAUACAGGGGAGAAACCUUAUCAGUGCUUAGAAUGUGGAAAGAGCUUCAGUCAGAAUUCCACACUCAUCUCACAUCAAAGAAUUCAUACAGGGGAGAAACCAUAUCAGUGCUUAGAAUGUGGAAAGAGCUUCCGCAAGAAGGGCCAUCUCUCAUCCCACCAGGCAAUUCAUUCGGACGAGAAACCAUAUCCGUGCGUGGAAUGUGGGAAGAACUUCAGUCAAAGAGACAAGCUCAUGGCUCAUCAAAGAAUUCAUACAGGGCAUAGACCAUAUCGGUGCUUGGAAUGUGGGCAGAGCUUCUUUAAGAGUUCUGCUCUCAUUUCCCAUCAAAGUAUUCACACAGGUGAGAAACCUUUUCAGUGCUUGGAAUGUGGAAAGAGUUUCACUCAGAAGGGAGGUCUCACUUCCCAUCAAAUAAUUCAUACAGGGGAGAAGAAAUAUUUGUGCUUGGAAUGUGGGAAGAGAUUCAGUCAGAGGGGCAAGCUCAUAGCCCAUCAAAGAAUUCAUACGGGGGAGAAACCAUAUCAGUGUGAGGAAUGUGGAAAGAGCUUUGCCUUGAAGGACAUAUUCACUUCCCAUCAAAGAACUCAUACAGGGGAGAAACCGUAUCAGUGCAUGGAAUGUGGAAAGAGGUUCAGUAAUGGGGCCUACCUCACUUCUCACCACAGAAUUCAUACAGGGGAGAAACCAUAUCAGUGCUUAGACUGUGGGAAGAGCUUCACCUGGAAGGAAAGUCUCACUUCCCAUAGAAUAAUUCAUGGAGAAGAGAAACCAUAUCAAUGUGUGGAAUGUGGAGAGAGCUUCACUCGUAAGAAAAGUCUCUCCUACCAUCAAAGAAUUCAUACAGGGGAGAAACCAUAUCAGUGCUUGCAAUGCGGGAAGAGAUUCAGUGACAGUUCCCAUCUCUCUUCCCAUCAAAGAACUCAUACAGGGGAGAAACCACAUCAGUGUGUGGAAUGUGGAAAGAGAUUCAGUGAGAGGGCCAUGCUCACUACCCAUCAAAGACUUCAUACGGGGGAGAAACCCUAUCAGUGCUUGGAAUGUGGAAAGAGAUUCAAUCAGAGGGCCCAUGUCACUUCCCACCAAAGAAUUCAUACAGGGGAGAAACCAUAUAAGUGCUUGGAAUGUGGAAAGAGCUUCAGUCAGAGUUCUGCUCUGACUUCCCACCAAAGAAUUCAUACAGGGGAGAAACCCUAUCAGUGCUUGGAAUGUGGAAAGAGCUUCAGUCAGAGUUCUGCUCUCACCACCCAUCAAAGAGUACAUUUAGGGAAGAAACCCUAUCAGUGCCUGGAAUGCGGGAAGAGCUUCAGUCACAGGUCCCUUCUCACUUACCAUCAAAGAAUUCAUACAGGGGAGAAACCAUAUCGGUGCUUGGAAUGUGGAAAGCGCUUCAGCCAGAGCUCCAGUCUCAGUUCUCAUCAAAAAAUUCAUACAGGGGAGAAACCUUAUCAGUGCUUGGAAUGUGGAAAGCGCUUCAGCCAGAGCUCCAGUCUCAGUUCUCAUAAAAAAAUUCAUACAGGGGAGAAACCUUAUCAGUGCUUAGAAUGUGGAAAGAGCUUCAGUCAGAAUUCCACACUCAUCUCACAUCAAAGAAUUCAUACAGGGGAGAAACCAUAUCAGUGCUUAGAAUGUGGAAAGAGCUUCCGCAAGAAGGGCCAUCUCUCAUCCCACCAGGCAAUUCAUUCGGACGAGAAACCAUAUCCGUGCGUGGAAUGUGGGAAGAACUUCAGUCAAAGAGACAAGCUCAUGGCUCAUCAAAGAAUUCAUACAGGGCAUAGACCAUAUCGGUGCUUGGAAUGUGGGCAGAGCUUCUUUAAGAGUUCUGCUCUCAUUUCCCAUCAAAGUAUUCACACAGGUGAGAAACCUUUUCAGUGCUUGGAAUGUGGAAAGAGUUUCACUCAGAAGGGAGGUCUCACUUCCCAUCAAAUAAUUCAUACAGGGGAGAAGAAAUAUUUGUGCUUGGAAUGUGGGAAGAGAUUCAGUCAGAGGGGCAAGCUCAUAGCCCAUCAAAGAAUUCAUACGGGGGAGAAACCAUAUCAGUGUGAGGAAUGUGGAAAGAGCUUUGCCUUGAAGGACAUAUUCACUUCCCAUCAAAGAACUCAUACAGGGGAGAAACCGUAUCAGUGCAUGGAAUGUGGAAAGAGGUUCAGUAAUGGGGCCUACCUCACUUCUCACCACAGAAUUCAUACAGGGGAGAAACCAUAUCAGUGCUUAGACUGUGGGAAGAGCUUCACCUGGAAGGAAAGUCUCACUUCCCAUAGAAUAAUUCAUGGAGAAGAGAAACCAUAUCAAUGUGUGGAAUGUGGAGAGAGCUUCACUCGUAAGAAAAGUCUCUCCUGCCAUCAAAGAAUUCAUACAGGGGAGAAACCAUAUCAGUGCUUGCAAUGCGGGAAGAGAUUCAGUGACAGUUCCCAUCUCUCUUCCCAUCAAAGAACUCAUACAGGGGAGAAACCACAUCAGUGUGUGGAAUGUGGAAAGAGAUUCAGUGAGAGGGGCAAGCUCACUACCCAUCAAAGACUUCAUACGGGGGAGAAACCCUAUCAGUGCUUGGAAUGUGGAAAGAGAUUCAAUCAGAGGGCCCAUGUCACUUCCCACCAAAGAAUUCAUACAGGGGAGAAACCAUAUAAGUGCUUGGAAUGUGGAAAGAGCUUCAGUCAGAGUUCUGCUCUGACUUCCCACCAAAGAAUUCAUACAGGGGAGAAACCCUAUCAGUGCUUGGAAUGUGGAAAGAGCUUCAGUCAGAGUUCUGCUCUCACCACCCAUCAAAGAGUACAUUUAGGGAAGAAAUACGGGCUCUGCUUGGAGUGUGGAAAUAACUUAGGAGGGCCAAGCUAACUUCCAAUCAGAUGGAUGACAACACAUUGGCUAUCAAACAGACGGCAUCUUAUUCCCUGCAGGAAUAGGUUUGGAAGAUGUCUUCUCUUUUCCUCACUAUUCCAUGGACAAGAAAAUUAACCCACAAGGCAAGAAACAGCUAGAGUGGGUUUACUCACAUGAUCUUUAUAUCCUGCAUGGGAGUCCUGUCAAUGUUUUAUAUGGACAGAUCACAUUGUUACAUAAAAGGAAGGGAAGUGUGAUCAACUACA